AUGGCUUUAAUCGAUGGACAGCUGGAGGCUACUCAGUUGCCGUUUGCCUCACCUUCCUAUUCACAGAUCUACAAACACGCCUUCAUCGACUAUCCCUCAACACCAUUGACAAACCCUUGCUGCUGCACCUCAGCCGUAAAAAACUCCUCAGGAGGCCGACCAAAAUCCCACCUGCUGCCCCAAUUCAAGUCCUCCUCCAACACAACUCAAAACCCUAGCCACCGCUGCCCCAGUCUGAGCCCUCCUCCAGCACAACCGCAAGCUGCAACUCUCCGGCAAGACUCCCCACGUUGUGGUCAUCACCUCAGGAAAAGGCGGAAAGACCACUACCACUGCCAACAUUGGCAUCUCCCUCGACCUGCUCCUUUGUGGUCGCCAUUGACGCCAACGUCGGCCUCCGCAACCUCGACCUGCUCAUCCGCCUCGAGAACCGCAUCAAAUAAACAGUCGUCGAGGUCCUCAAUGGCGAUGAGCUAA